AGCAAGAUAACACGACACACAAAUAUAGGAGGGUGGCCUUAAAAUUGGCUUUCCUACUUCACACCUCUAAUCCUAGUUGUCAGAGGCAAGAGAAUUCCAAGUUAAAGCUCAGCCUGGCCAACUGAUAAUUUAACAAGACUUUCUUAAAAAAAAAAAAAGAUGGCACUGUAGAUCAAUACAAAGGUCUGGAUCUCAAAAACUAUACAGGAAUAAAAUAAACUCUCUGGGCCAGGGAUUUAGCUCAGUGUUUCCACCGCCUGGCUCGAAAACACAAGGACCAGAGUUUGAUCCCUGGUACCAAAAAAAGAAAGAAAGAAAAACUCUCCAGUAUCUGACUUCUAAUGAAACCCAAAGUGGGGUGCAAUAGAGAACAAUGCCUGGGGCCAGCCCUUUGGGACCCUGGCCCUUGGUUCUAGGUCCUGUCGCCUUGGAACCUUGCUGCAGGCCUUCCCAUUAACCUGCAGGAGGCGCACGAGGUAUCCCACGGCAGGCGCCCCGGAAUCACACGGGACAUUCUAGAAGCCCUUUCUUUCUCAGUAACCAAAAUUUCUGCGUGCGCCUGGUAAAUCUGUCAUGGCGAGGCUCCCAAAGCUGGCAGUCUUCAACCUGGAUUACACGCUCUGGCCUUUCUGGGCGGACACGCACGUAGACCCUCCCUUCCACCAGAGCAGCGAUGGAUCUAUACGGGAUAGGCGGGGCCAGAGCAUCCGACUGUACCCCGAGGUGCCUGCGGUUCUGGAAAGAUUGCAGAGCCUUGGGGUGCCCGUCGCGGCCGCUUCACGGACAGGUGAGGUGGAGGGGGCCAACCAGCUACUGGAGCUCUUUGGGCUUGUCAGGUACUUUCUUCAUCGGGAAAUCUAUCCAGGCAGCAAGGUUACACACUUUGAGAGGUUGCAGCACAAGACUGGAGUUCCCUUCUCGUAGAUGAUCUUUGAUGAUGAGAAGCGGAAUAUUGUAGACGUCAGCAAACUGGGUGUUAUCUGCAUUCACAUCCAGAACGGGAUGAGUCUUCACACCCUAACUCAAGGAUUAGAAACGUUUGCAAAGGCCCAAGCUGGGCCCUAAGGUCUAGGCCUAUGGAUGUGCCUCAUCCAACGCGUAAAACUGAAAGGAAAUCAAGAAGGCAUUCUCAGGUGCAGUUGUACUUUAUUAAACUUUAUCUACGUGAGAUAGAAAAAGACCUUCUCCAAGGUGUGGAUUGUUUCUAUUUUCUAUUGUGAAUGGAGUGGUUGUCCUGACAUGCCCAGACGAGAGCGUGGGAUUUAGACCCACAAGUUCUGCCUUCUACACCCCUUAACCCAGGCUGAGAUCCGGAGGUCCUGCAGAACUCUCUCACAACACGCGCAGAGGUGCCCUCCCAAAGCACAUUUCUUUUUAGGGAGCCCAGACGCCUUGGGGGUGGGGACGAUCUUUUCAGGCAGUAGAAAGGAAGCGGGCCCUUUAAGAACGCGACUUCUGGUCUGGUUGUGGCUCUGGCACGUGACUGCGUGGAGUCUCUGCGGCUGCAGAUGUCGCUUUAAAAGGUGGCGCCCAGAGAAGGGAUUGGCCCAGACCCUGUGUGGCUGUGAGAGCCACGGUCCCGGAGCAAGGCGGAAGUGUGGGGCUCGCCAGCCGAGGGCCCAGGCGGAGAACGGAGGUCGCGAUGAGUGGGCUCCACCGACUCUUCGGGAGGGG